UGAGUCUUAUUAACAAACCGAUAGCCAGAGUCGCCCAGUCGAUCUCGAGAUGUUGCUGUCUGCAGUGUUCGCCACAGCGAGUCUCCUGGUUUCAACGGCUUUGCCUUACCAAUCAUUCCUACCGAAAUUCGUCGAAAACGUAUGGAAUGGAGCAACGUCCAGGUUCUCGAAUCUGUACCACCUGCCAGGCUUCAUAACCGGAAAUGUCAUUGACGGUGUAAAUGUUGUGCAUUAUGGCGUUGGAAAUUGGACUGAUAUUGUCUCUGGGUUGGGGUUCCUUCCCCAGGGGAACCUUAACGCUAGUGCAGUUAUUGACAUAAAAGGAAUAAGUAAGAUCAGACACCCCUAUCAAAUUGGAGCGUCUCUACAGAUCGGAGGUGCAGUCAUACCUGUAGAGGGCAGCAGUAGCAACAGAUCUGUGGUUAUUGGAGACGCAGGAUCAAGAGGUAGUGAUUUUAUUGGUAAUGCCACAGGAAUAAUAGUAAGUACCGAUGAUUUGGAUGAAAAUGGUUUCUUAAACGGCACGUGGGGCUACAUGCCACUGAGAACAGAAUCAAUUCAAAGUCAUACUGGAAGUGCAUUGGUGAAAGUAACGGGGUCUGGAGGUGAAAAACAACAAGUCGUUAUACCUGUAGUUAGACCCGUUAUACCUACCAUUGUUGGCAAUGACUCUGGAAGCACACAGGUGCAGAGGCUAACAGUUUUGAAUAUCCUACAAUCCAACUUAAUCAACGUUUUGAGCUUCCUGCUACAGACUUCGCCCAUAAUAUCGAACGCUAAAAUGCUAGCUGUCGUUGAGACGCUGCAUAACAAACUACUUUCGGCACAACUCAACGUCGAUUUCAUCCUGCCACAGUUGGAACAGCUGAUGAGUUUGUCUCUCCUAGAACAACUGGAAAUUGUACUCAAAUCUUUCAUAUCUAUCGUUGAACCAGAUUUUGGUUUUCAACUUCAGUAUCUGAUAAAUUACUUGAAAGAGCCCAAGGUUGCAGAUUUAAUAUUCACUCAUCAGAUUCCUAACCUUACAGGAGGUAUUGACCAGAGUUGGGCACUUCCUUGGGUACUGGCUCCUCCAUCAUAUAACCCAGCAGACGCAAAUAGCUUUAUGAAUAACGCUUUAGGGCAGUUGCUGAUACAUACUAUCAAAUCCUCAGACAAGAACGCCAUCAAAUAUAAUAUAUACCUGAUUCUGACAACCGUUCCACUCGGUCUUGAACCAAGGACUGUAAGACAGAUCCGAAAUCUUGCUUCGAUACUGUACGCGUUGAAUAGCAAUAUAUGGGAAAUGAUCUCGCAGCAGCUACCAAGCAUACCCACCACCAAUGUGUACGACGGUUUGAAGGCCUUCCUACAACUGGUCAUCAACAUUCAGGGUGUACCGCAGCAGGUUACUUUUAUCAUUAAGAACAUAAUCCACGCCAUUCCUGAUACAACAGCAGUUACAACAAAAGUGACACAAAUUCCCACACGUGUCACCCUCUUUCCCCAACCUGAAAAUUCUCAUCCAAUCUAUCCUCAGCCACAAGACCCAUCUAAAUCACAAUAUAAAUCUCAACGCCCGCCGGAACCUACAAAACUUCCGUAUUCAUCACAUCAACUUGAACCUCAAAAUCAUCAACCCGAAUUUCCAUCACAAAAUAAGUCUGAAAAUGAACUACAAUCUCAACCAAAUUAUCCACCCCAUCAACCCAAACCUCAAAACCAAUUUCAUUCUCAAUAUCCACAUCAAAAUGAAUUCUAUCAACCCCAGACUAAAACUCCUCUUCCUCAAAAUCCACAACAACCGGAAACAGAACAUAAGUCUCAACCUCAAUAUGGAAAAUUACAACAGCCUCAACAAACAACAAGACAAUCUGAACCUCAACCAUCGGCUCAAUACCAAUCUCAAUCACCACUUCCACCAUAUCAAUUAGAACCUCAGAAUGCAACACAGCCUGGAAUUCAACAUCAACCUCUGUAUCCACCACAUGAAACUGAACUUCAGCGUCAAAAUCAGUCACAAUCCCUGCCUCAAUAUGCACUACCACAAGAACCUGAGUCUCAAUCGACUCAGAUUCCACUAAUUAAAUCACAAUCUCAACCUCAACACCCACCAUAUCGAACACAGCCUCAACCUCAAUCCCAACCCCUUAAUGCAACACGACAGGAAAUUCAACAUCAACCACCUCAGUAUACAUUACAUGCAAUUGAACUUCAGAGUCAAAAUCAGUCACAACUCCAGCCUCAAUAUACACUACCACUAGAACCUGAGUCUCAACCGACUCAGCUUCCACUAAAUAAAUCAAAAUCUCAACCUCAACACCCACCGUAUCAAACACAGCCUCAACCUCAAUCCCAACCCCUUAAUGCAACACGACAGGAAAUUCAACAUCAACCACCUCAGUAUACAUUACAUGCAAUUGAACUUCAGAGUCAAAAUCAGUCACAACUCCAGCCUCAAUAUACACUACCACUAGAACCUGAGUCUCAACCGACUCAGCUUCCACUAAAUAAAUCACAAUCUCAACCUCAACACCCACCAUAUCGAACACAGCCUCAACCUCAAUCCCAACCCCUUAAUGCAACACGACAGGAAAUUCAACAUCAACCACCUCAGUAUACAUUACAUGCAAUUGAACUUCAGAGUCAAAAUCAGUCACAACUCCAGCCUCAAUAUACACUACCACUAGAACCUGAGUCUCAACCGACUCAGCUUCCACUAAAUAAAUCAAAAUCUCAACCUCAACACCCACCGUAUCAAACACAGCCUCAACCUCAAUCCCAACCCCUUAAUGCAACACGACAGGAAAUUCAACAUCAACCACCUCAGUAUACAUUACAUGCAAUUGAACUUCAGAGUCAAAAUCAGUCACAACUCCAGCCUCAAUAUACACUACCACUAGAACCUGAGUCUCAACCGACUCAGCUUCCACUAAAUAAAUCACAAUCUCAACCUCAACACCCACCAUAUCGAACACAGCCUCAACCUCAAUCCCAACCCCUUAAUGCAACACGACAGGAAAUUCAACAUCAACCACCUCAGUAUACAUUACAUGCAAUUGAACUUCAGAGUCAAAAUCAGUCACAACUCCAGCCUCAAUAUACACUACCACUAGAACCUGAGUCUCAACCGACUCAGCUUCCACUAAAUAAAUCACAAUCUCAACCUCAACACCCACCGUAUCAAACACAACCUCAACCUCAAUCCCAACCACUGAAUUCAACACGACAGGAAAUUCAACGUCAACCACCUCAGUAUCCACUACAUGAAAUUGAACUUCAGAGUCAAAACCAGUCACAACUUCAAUCUCAAUCUGAGUUCCAGCCUCCUCCUCCGUAUCUACAACAAUCUGAACCCCAACAGCCAUCUCAAUACCAACCCCAAACACAACCUCAACUUCCACCACAUAAGACGGACCCUCAAUAUGCAACUCGUCAACCUGAACAUCAACAUCAACAUUCACCACAUGAAACUGAACCUCAAAGUCAAAACCAAUCCCAACCUCAACAUCAAGAACCACCGCAACCACAACAAUCUGUACUUCAAACACUGCCUCAACCACCAUCUCAGUCUCAACAUUUAACACAACCGGAAUCCGAACCUCAUUAUUCACCACGUAAACCAGAAAUUCAACGUCAAACGGAACCCCAGAAUGCAACGAAAACUCAAUAUCGACCACAAGAUUCGAUAAAUGAUUCGGAAUCUCAAGGUGAACCCCAACUUCAACACGGAACACAAGCGGAACCUCAGCAUGGAACACCAUCAACAACUUCAAUGAGUACCUUCUUUCCAGUCGAUGGAAUACUCGACGCUCCGUCCGAAAGAGACCUUCAAAACCCGACAGAACUCCUGCCUUUCUGCUCAGGAUAUGAAGGAUGUCCAUCCAUAGACAAAAUCCAUUAUCUGUUUAGCAAGAAAAGUGUCACAGAGUUCAUACUGAAUUUGAACAUAAAUGUUUCAAUGUACCCCAAUAAGGCCUCACUUCUUUUGUAUAUUUUUCAGCGUAUUUUAUCACAAGUUCAGCUUCAAACUGAUGAAGUAACGGCUAUUAAACAUUACAUAAGAUAUUUGACCACUGAAAUGGACACAAGGACUAUUGAGGGGCUUAGACAAGGCCGUUUUUCUACUAAUGUUACGGACAUAUUGACCCAGUGCAUCGACAAGUCUUUAUAUUGCAUCGUAUUGAAAGAAAUCAGAACAAUUUUGCACAAUUCAUCUUCUUAUUGUUUCCUACAAGACAGAGCUUAUAACCCUGCCGUCUAUCCGACAAAAGAGGCUUAUCUGCAGUCUAUUCUUGAAACAUUGGUUUCCAGAAAUGUUCUCUCAGUAAAGGACUUGACUUAUGUUGACCUGUACUUACAAUACGUUAAAACACGGCAGCAGCCUUCAAUUGUAGUUUCUGGUGAUAAACUGUCCGACAUUUUGAAAUAUCUCAUUCAACCAUCAGAUACGGAGGAGCAGAAACUAUUUGAAAUUCUGACUAACUGGCUUUCAAUAGCAAAUAUCAAGGAGAUUUUAAGUAAUUAUAAAGUUGAUUUAUCCAUAUCUGCUGGACAGCUACUGAAAUCGAUGCUUAAAUAUGCCCUCAGCCACCCCCAGGUUACGCAAAACCAACAGUUGCGUCAAAUUAUACAACAUUCUGUUUCUAAAAUAUCUCCCAGCAGCAUAGGAAUAAAUAUGGAAGAUUUUGGAGGACCCCUUGAUGCUCAGACAACGCGACAGGCUGAUAUAGUGGCACAUACAGAAGAAGAAACAUGGUCGCCAGUGACAUAUAAGCAAACUAUUGACCUGAAUGACGUCUUGAGGGCUGUGGACAAGGACAGGCUAGGUGAAUUGGGGGUACAGCAGCUUAUAGAAUAUUUUGCAAAAGAAUUCAACACAGACAUCCUGAUCCAAGGCUUCCAGUUCUGGAAGUAUAAUACUAAAGGAACAUGGCUGAAGGAGCUCUUGAAUUAUAUACUGAACAAAACAGAAGUCAGCCCAAGUUCAAGGGCUCUCCUUUCACGUGUUAUUCCUCUGAUCCGUACGACUGGAGUUGGAGGUGAAGCACUUGAAUACAUUAGCUAAGUGUUGUGGUUAUCCUAAGUAUUGUAUUAUGCAGCAGCUAAUGGAAAAUGUAAAUGUUAGUUUAAGCAAUCAAUAAAGGAAAUAAAAAGAAUUGAAUACUCGAC